AUGUUUAAAUUCAAUGGUGAAUUCUUCACGGAAUGUGAAAGAAUUCCUAUAUAUGAAGCAGUAAAUCGACUAAAACAUAUCCGUUGUUUCGGCGCAUGGUGUGCAAUGAACACUAUUGUUUGGAGUUUUAUUACGUGCAAUCCACAACGGAUACAAACAACUAGUAGCAACUUCCAGCUCUUCAAAGGAACCAUUUUUAAAUCUUGCGAAAAAAUGAUAGAAAGUUUUAAAGUGAAUUGGGAUACCAAACGAAUUUAUUCUUCGAUAACAACUGUACUUGCUUUCUCUACGUUUCUUGGAGGAAUUCUUAUACCACGUCGUAUGAUUCGCAAUAUAAUUCUAAUAACCGCUGAGAAUAACAAUACUUCGACACUACAAAAGUUUAUUGAGAUUGAUACCUAUGGAGCUUUUGGUAUUAAAAGUAGUGGUAGAACAUUCAAGAGACCUUUGAAAUAUGUAUCAUUUGAUUGUAAAUCAUCACACUCUGAUGCAUCCAAAAUAAAUAUUCGUGUUAAACAUGUACCUUUCAGUUUCAUACUUGAUUUACGAACGACAAAACAUAUUGAUGAUGAUGAAUUGUCCUGCCUAAUGUACAAAGCUAAUCAGAAGUGA